UCGCAUUGUGUCCGGAAGGUGAUAAAACAAUACAUUUUCGGUUGUUCGUCACUCAUACGGUGAUAUUUGAAAGCGUUGCUUUACUCAGUAAAGUAACGCAUCAGUAAAGAAAAUGUGCCACCCCUAAGUGAGAGUGAAUGAGUACAAUCGCGCAUCAUUUCAACUUGAAAAAUAAAUAAAUACACCUUAGUUAAAAAAGCCCCGUAAAAGACUGUUACGAAGGUCCUGUUACAGGACAUUAAUCAUCGGCUAUUUUACCGUAAAAAGUACACACAGACUGUGUUAAGAAAGCCCUGUUUUUUUAAUUUAUGUCUGUUUACCCUGUUAGCGCUACUAACGACAGCCUUAGUUUUUACCGGACUUUCGCACUGCUAGGGGAUUCGAUGAAACCUGACGGUAAAGUGCAGUGCAAUCCAUUUAUUCGAAAACACCUGAUACAGCUUUUUGACAAGCGUAGGGUCUGAAUUGAAACUUUCAAAAGAUGUCUAAUUUGAUCUUAUCACUGUGAUCAAAACAUUCAAAGGUUUAUUUUUGUAGUAGAGGAACUUUUCAUGUUUUGGUGGUCUUAUAGUUGUAUGUUUAAUGCCAGGCUUAUUAUUUUCUGCUCAUUGUUGGUGUGAUAAACUAUUACAUGCUCUACAACUAUCUUUCCACUAGGUGUUAAUUCAUGACGCGAAGACACGAUACCUGUGAAUGAAUGUUUGAUGCUGUCCUCAAUAUAUACAACACCAUAAGCAAACGAGAUAUCUGUUUGUUUACUUCCUGUUCUUUCUUUCUGAGUAUUUUCUAUCAUUUUUCCAUUCUAUUCCAAGUAGUUUUAAUGAUAUAAGUGUAUAUCUCCACCACUACUUAGAAUAUGAGAUUUUGAGAUCACUAGCCAUAGAUGGCAAACUUAAUUCAAUGGAUUACAUUAGUCGGCUAAAAAAGGUAGUAUAUAAACGUGCACAAUUUGAUAGAGCAGCGUCUCGUUCUCAGAAUGCUAUUUUUCUUUGUCUUUUUCCCUGAACAUUCAUGCUGGCUUUGUAUACUGCCUUCCAAGAUCAAAAUUCAUCUCUUUGAACUCAAUAUCGGAUGGUUUUUUUAGAAAGGUUUCAUAUAUAUAUAUAAAUAUAACAAAAUAUAAAAUACAACGAAAAACUAUUUCUUUACAUUACGAUUAUUCACAAAACUUCAUUUUGAUUAAUAUGGUGACCACAUCUACUAUUAUUUAUAUUUCUCAACAAAUUAACAUCUAUUUUGGCAGUUUUCUCUUUAUAUUUGGAUUGAUUGGUAAUUGUUUAAAUAUUGCAAUAUUUCUAUCGAAAAAAACUUUAAAUAAAAAUUCUUCUACAGUAUACAUAGUAACAUCAUCAAUAACUGAUUGUUUGGAAAUACUAACUGCUUUGUCCACAAGAAUAUUAACAUAUGGGUUUGAUAUUGAUUUUACAGUAUCAUCGUUGAUAUGGUGUAAACUGCGUUUAUAUCUAAGACAAACAUUUGCAUUAAUAUCGUUAACGUGUAUUUGUUUAGCAACAAUUGAUCGGUAUCUAAUAACGUGUCAAGAAUUUCAUGUAAGACGCAUAAGUCAAACAUUAAGUACACUACCACUAUCAAUAUUGACCGUAUUCGGUUUCAAAACAUAUAAAAAUCUUCGAAAAAGACGAGUUGUACCUGUUCUUCAACAACAACAACAACAUCGUUUAGAUCAACAACUAACAUCAAUGUUAUUACUGCAAGUGGUAUUCAUUGUAAUAUCAUCCAUUCCAUAUUGCAUUCAGAGUUUAUAUUCAGCAAUAACAACAAACUAUGUAAAGAGUUCAUUUAGACAAGCACAAGAAACAUUAUUCAUGACAAUGACAAGUCUUAUAUUUUUUCUCAAUUAUAUUUCAAAUUUUUAUGUUUAUUUAGUAUCGUCAUUAACGUACCGUAAGCAUUUUGUGAAAAUUAUACGUAGCUUGUGCUUUUGUUUUAAACCAAAUGAGAUUACACCAUUCCAAACAACACAAAGUAUGAAUAAAAACACUUAUACAAGAACAAUUAUCAAUUAA